UAGACAAGUCCCUAUACCUGGUAAAAAUUGUAUCCAAAGUGUAAAAAAAUGCUGCGGUUGUAUUUCAUGGUCUACAAAUGUUAAUGACGGUUUCCUUUCCUCUGUCCCAGAUGUUUCCUUGGACAGCUGUUUUCUCCCUUGAGCCCAAAGUGCCCGGCCAGCGCAGCUCUGAGGAGUUGGUGACCAAUACUCUGAUGUUGGAGCUGGGGGCCAUGGUGAAGCGCACUGAACGCAUCCGCUUGGAGCGGGCGACGGAGGGUCGCCGCCGCCGUCGCAGCUCCUCCUCCACAGCGGACUACAGCUGGCUGGCCACUGCCCCGACCCCACAGCCAUACGAGCUGACCCCCAGCGACCUGCUGGGGCUGCAGGACCUCUGCGUCAAGAUCCCUCCUGCACAGUGUGGCCCUCUGAUCGUCAGGUUCAGGAGGCUGGUGACGCAGAUGGAGCCGGAGGUUCACGAGGUCCCCCGGCUGUUUCGCUCAGUUCUACGCGACUGCAUGGACGAGGUGAACGGAAAUGAAGACAUGCAGACGGAGGACGCCGUCUUUGAGAAGCAACAGCGCAGCAAGAGCCUUUCUUUUGUUACCUUCCGCAGCAAAUUCCGCACAGGUCAGCUCUUCAGGGGCAGCAACAUAAGAGGCUCCAGGGGGAACUUGGAGCAGCAGGUGGAUUGGUCCGACGAGGAGGAUGCAGAAGGGGAGGAAGAGGCCAUCAAGGCCAGGGCGAGGAAGGGAAGGAGCAGGAGCAUGCCAGAGAUCAGCCCUAUGGAGCAGAGUGCCCAGGGGUGA